CUCUCGGAUUAAGAUACGAGCCAAUUUGGUAUAUAUAUGCGAGCAUCCGCCUACAGCAGCAUAUUCACUUCAAGUGUUUAAACUCACAGCAGUUUGUACCAACCUACUAGGUAACAGAGGUACGAGGCUCACAACACAAAAUGAAAAGUGUUCAACUAGCAUUAUUUUUACUCGCGGCCUGUGUCAGUUCCGCGCUCUCGCAAACCACCUCUGCUCCUACAGGAUGUGAAACCGUGUCUUGUCCUCCCCUUAACGGGGAAUUAGCCGAGCACAAACCCCAUCCCUUCAGAUGCGACAGUUUCUGCAAAUGUGACUGGGGAAAAGCCAUUUAUUUCAAGUGCCCUGACGGACUUCACUUUAACAAAAUCAAAGAAGUUUGUGACUGGCCUGAGGCCGCUGGCUGCGAAAACUCUGGAGGAGUCACGGACCCUGAAUGCGACCUGACUACCCCUUCCGCACCAGGAGGAGGGUCUGACCCACCCCCUACUACAGGAGGAGGGUGCUCCAAUGUCAUUUGUCCUGAGGAUAGCAACUCCGGUCUGGCGAUUCACCUACCCAACCCUGACGACUGCGGAAGCUUCUGCAAAUGUGACUGGGGAGUUCCCAUCUACUUUGAUUGUCCUGCUGGCCUCCACUUUAAUCCGGAACUGCAAGUUUGCGACUGGCCUGAAAGCGCCGGUUGCAUUGAAGGAGAUGAGCCGCCUACAGGCCCAAUCAACGGCUGUCAAUAUGUCCGCUGCUCAAUUUCAGAAGAUGGAUCGCUUCCUAACCCUUUGGAGUGUGAAAGCUACUGCCUUUGUGAAAAUGGCACCGCUAAUUGGAAACAAUGUCCUUCUGGUUUGCACUAUAAUGCAGAGAGACAGGUCUGCGAACAUCCCCUUAAUGCUGGAUGCGAAAUCUUCAUCACAGAGCCAACCAACCCACCAACCAAUCCGCCAACCAACCCACCAACCAACGCACCAACCAACCCACCAACCAAUCCGCCAACCAACCCACCAACCAAUCCGCCAACUAAUUCAACAAACAGGCCUCCCGUACUUUGUUCCAACGUCAUUUGCCCUGAGAACAGCAACGCAGGUGAAGCCAUCCAUCUUCCAAAUCCAGAAGAUUGCGGCAGCUAUUGCGUCUGCGAUUGGGGACGUCCAAUUCUAAUGCCAUGCCCCCCUGGACUGCACUUCAACCCCGCGACGUCAACCUGUGACUGGCCUAGCAAUGUAAACUGCAAUGGAACAGGAGGACCAGCAGACCCAGGAGCAGAUGAGGAUAACUGCCCAAGUGCCUCCUGUCCCGCUGGCGAAUGUGGAGGCGUUAAUGUCCCCAACCCCGGCAAAUGUAAUAGCUUCUGCAGGUGCACUAACGGCACUGGAAUCUUCAAGCCAUGCCCUCCUGGACUUCAAUUUAACCCUGCAUUGGGAAUUUGCGAUUAUAGCGGUAGUUGCAAUGGUAACGGUGAAGAAAUAACCACGACGAACCCACCAGAAAUUAGCACUGUGACCACAAACGCUCCGCCCACCACUACGAAGAAUCCAACCCCUACUUCAAAUCCACGUCCAAUCUGCCCUAACGUCAAUUGCCCCGAAAUCAAUGAAGGAGACGCCGUUCACCUUCCCAACCCUGGUCACUGCGACAGCUUCUGCAAGUGCGACUGGGGCACUGGCUACCUCUUCGACUGCCCUGAUGGCCUCCACUUCAAUCCAAACCUACAGGUUUGCGACUGGCCUCAGGACGCAGGCUGCACAGAAGAGGGUGGUGUUCCUGGUGUGACCACCACUACCUCUCCCGGCGGAAAUCCCACCACUACCUCUCCCGGCGGAAAUCCCACCACUUCCGACCCAGUUACCCCACCUCGACGAACCUGUCCUAACGUUAGGUGCCCCUUAAUCAAUGGAGAAUAUGCUCUUCACCUCUCCAACCCUGGCCGUUGCGACAGCUUCUGCAAGUGCGACUGGGGAGUCGGCUAUCUCUUUGACUGCCCCGAUGGCCUCCAUUUCAAUGCCGAAAAGCAGGUUUGCGACUGGCCCCGGGACGCUGGAUGCGACCCUUCUGCUUAGCUUAGCCCAACUCAGACUUUGAAAUUAAACCUAAUUGGCCUGCACCUAAGUAUUAAUAAAUUCUAAGUCAACCGCAUA